UCUUUCUGGACCGUACAUGGGUUGUUUUAUUUUGAAGGUGAGGACCGGAUGUGCUGGCGUUAAUCCCAUGUAGGUCGCGUCCUAGCUUUCGACGUGUCUUUCUGGACCGUCCACUGGUUCGGUCGGGGUUCCGCUGCGGGUGACAGGGUUCUCCCGCCGGCAUGCGGGGACAUUUCCCGCCGGGAAGAAGGCGCUGCUGACGGCCUGCGCUAAUCUGCUUUCGGACAGGAGGCAUCAAAGGAUGAAGUCUGAGGCGGCGGGUGCAGGUGCAGGUGUGGGGGAGGGGCGGUGACCUUUCAGACUUGUGCGGUGUCCAGAUCUUGGUGACAUGGCGGACAAGACGGCGCCGCGCUGCCAGCUGAGGUUGGAGUGGGUGCACGGCUACCGCGGCCAGCAGUGCCGCAACAACCUCUUCUACACGGCCGGCAAGGAGCUGGUCUACUUCGUGGCCGGGGUGGGCGUGGUUUACAACGCCAGAGAACAUGCCCAGAAGUUCUACCUGGGCCACGACGACGACAUCAUCAGCCUGGCGCUCCAUCCCGACAAAGUGCAGGUGGCCACGGGUCAGGUGGGCAAGGAUCCUUACAUCUGCGUGUGGGACACCUACGCCAUGCACACCGUCUCCAUCCUGCGUGACCUGCACACGCACGGCGUGGCCUGUCUGGCGUUUGACGGCGACGGACAGCGCCUGGCCUCCGUGGGACUGGACGCGAAGAACACCUUGUGCGUGUGGGACUGGAGGGGCGGACGAGUCCUCGCCACAGCCACCGGCCACUCGGACAGAAUCUUUGACGUGGCCUGGGAUCCGCUUGUGUCCGCCCGAUUGGUCAGCUGUGGCGUCAAACACAUCAAGUUCUGGACUCUGUGUGGAAACGCUCUGACACCCAAGAGGGGAAUCUUCGGGAAGGCGGGUGACCUUCAGACCAUCUUGUGUGUGGCCACCGCCAAGGAGCAAACCACCUACUCAGGCGCGCUCAAUGGCGACGUGUAUGUGUGGCGCGGAAUCUCCCUGGUCAGGACCAUCCAGGCGGCACACGGAGCGGGAAUCUUCAGCAUGCACGCCUGUGAAGAAGGUUUUGCCACCGGAGGACGAGACGGUUGUGUGCGACUGUGGGACGUCGACUUCAAGCCCAUAACCAAAAUCGAUCUUCGUGAAGCCGAGCAGGGAUACAAAGGUCUGUCCAUCCGAAGCGUCUGCUGGAAGGCUGACCGCAUCCUGGCAGGCACACAGGACAGCGAGAUUUUUGAGGUCAUGGUCCGGGACCGGGACAAACCGGUUCUGCUGAUGCAAGGUCACAGCGAGGGGGAACUGUGGGCACUGGACCUUCAUCCCAAGCAGCCAGUCGCUGCUACCGGAAGCGAUGACCGCUCUGUCAGGCUCUGGAGUCUGCCAGACCGAACCCUGCUGGCUCGCUGUAAUAUGGAAGAAUCGGUGCGCAGCGUUUCCUUCAACAACGACGGAUCUCAGCUGGCUCUGGGAAUGAAGGAUGGCUCCUUCACGGUCCUGCGAGUCAGGGACAUGACGGAGGUGGUGCACAUUAAGGACAGGAAGGAGGUGAUACACGAGCUCAAGUUCUCACCAGACGGCUCCUUGUUGGCGGUGGGCUCCAAUGAUGGUGUGGUGGACGUCUACGCUGUCGCCCAACGCUUUAAAAAAGUGGGCGAGUGCGGCCACUCUACCUCCUUCAUCACACACCUGGACUGGUCCGUGGACUCCCGUUUCCUGCAGACUAACGACGGCGCCGGAGAGCGCCUCUUUUUCCGGAUGCCAGGUAAAGUGCUGUCCAAAGAAGAGGCCAAGGGUAUCCACUGGAUGACGUGGACGGGUGUUCUGGGGCCAGAGGUUAACAGCAUCUGGCCUAAAUACUCCAACGUCACCACCGUCAACUCUGUGGACGCCAACUACAGCAGCGCCGUGCUGGUGACUGGCGAUGACCUCGGCCUCGUAAAACUCUUCAGGUUCCCGUGUCUCAAGAAAGGUGCCAAGUUCAAGAAGUACAUCGGCCAUUCUGCACAUGUGACCAACGUGCGAUGGUCUAAGGAUCUUCAGUGGGUCGUCAGCACCGGCGGGGCCGAUCACGCCGUCUUUCAGUGGCGCUUCCUGCCUGAGGGUAUCAUGAACGGUGUCCUGGAACCCCUCCUCCAAGAGGGUUACGCCGACUCCAACAGCGGCGACUCAGACUCUGACGUGUCCGACGUGCCAGAAAUCGACUCGGACAUCGAACAGGAAUCUCAGCACAACUACGAGCGUCAGGUGUAUAAGGACGACCUCCCGCAGCUGCGGAGGAAGCUGAUUGGUUCUCUGAAGAGGCAAAAAGCACCGGAGGAGGGGCUCAGCCUGCAAUUUGUUCAUGGGUACCGUGGCUUCGACUGCCGUAACAACCUGUUCUACAGCCAGGGCGGGGAGGUGGUCUACCAUGUGGCUGCGGUGGCUGUGGUCUACAACCGCCUGCAGCACAGUCAGAGGUUCUAUCAGGGCCACGAUGACGACAUCCUCAGCCUCACCCUGCACCCGCUGAAAGAUUACGCCGCCACCGGCCAGGUGGGCCGGGACCCGGCCGUCCACGUCUGGGACAUCUCAACUCUCAAAUGCCUGUCGCUGCUCAAAGGUCACCACAGCAAAGGAGUUAGUGCGCUGGACUUCACAGCUGACGGAAAGAGCCUGGUGUCUGUGGGAAUGGACGACUUUCACUCCAUCGUCAUCUGGGACUGGAAGAAAGGUGAACGACUGGCUAAGAGCAGGGGCCACAAGGACAAGAUCUUUGUGGUGAAGAGCAACCCCUUCAGGAUGGACAAGCUGGUGACCUUAGGGAUGAAACACAUCAAGUUCUGGCAGCACUCAGGAGGCGGUCUGACAUUCAAACGUGGAAUUUGCGGGAACCUGGGCAAGCAGGAGACCAUGAUGUCUGCGUGUUACGGUCGCUCAGAGGACUUUGUCUUCUCGGGCGCCACCAACGGUGACGUUUACAUCUGGAGAGAAACCACGCUUGUGAAGACGGUCAAGGCCCACGACGGUCCCGUGUUCGCCAUGUGCUCCCUGGAUAAGGGUUUCGUGACGGGUGGGAAGGACGGUGUGGUGGAACUCUGGGAUGACAUGUUCGAAAGAUGUCUGAAGACCUACGCUAUCAAGAGAGCACUCCUGUCUCCGUCCUCCAAAGGACUGCUGCUGGAAGACAACCCGUCCAUCAGAGCCAUCACCCUGGGUCACGGCCACAUCCUGGUGGGGACCAAGAACGGAGAAGUUCUGGAGAUCGACAAGAGCGGUCCGAUGACGCUACUGGUCCAGGGCCACAUGGAGGGCGAGGUAUGGGGUUUAGCAGCUCACCCGCUACUUCCUGUCUGCGCCACCGUUGGCGAUGACAAAACGCUGAGAAUGUGGGAACUUUCUGCCAACCACCGCAUGGUUGCCGUGCGCAAGCUCAAAAAAGGUGGACGCUGCUGCGCCUUUUCUCCAGACGGCAAAGCGCUGGCGGUGGGUCUGAAUGACGGCAGCUUCCUGGUGGUCAACGCCGACACCUUGGAGGACAUGGUGACGUUCCACCACCGGAAGGAGCUGGUCUCCGACAUCCGCUUCUCCCAAGGCGCAGGGAAGUACCUGGCUGUGGCGUCCCAGGAUUCCUUCGUGGACAUCUACAACGUGCUGACCAGCAAGAGAGUUGGCAUCUGCAAAGGAAUCAGAAGCUUCGUCACGCACAUGGAUUGGGAUGCUCGAGGAAAACUUCUGCAGGUCAACACAGGAAGUAAGGAGCAACUGUUUUUUGAGGCUCCUCGAGGACGCAGACAGAGCAUCAGCGACGUGGAGUUUGACAAGCUGGACUGGGCCAGCUGGACUUCAGUUCUGGGUCCCAGCUGUCAGGGAAUUUGGCCAACCUACGGUUUUGUGAACGCCGCAUCGCGCACCAAGGACGGUAAAGUGCUCGCCACCGGGGACGACUUUGGCUUCCUGAAACUCUUCAGUUUCCCCUGCAGGGGUCAGUUUGCCAGGUCCAAGAAGUACGUUGCCCACAGCGCCAACGUGACCAAUGUGCGCUGGGCCAAUGACGACGCCACGCUGCUGUCUGUGGGCGGAGCCGACACGGCGCUGAUGAUCUGGACCAGAGAGGCGGGUCACAAGGAGAACAAGGCGGUGGACAGUGAAGAAUCUGACGAUGACGUGGAGGAAGACGGAGGCUACGACAGCGACGUGGCGCGUGAGAAGGCGGUGGACUACGUGACCAAGGUCUACUCUGCCAGCAUUAGGAAGAUGACGGGAACUAAACCUCAUCUGCAGCACAAGGAACUUCCUGUCGACGAAAGACCUGUGGUGAGUCGAGCAACACCACUGCCUGAGAAACUUGCCAAGAGCAACGUGAUCAAGACAAAGAAAGGGGUAGAAGAACUGCAGCUGGAACACGUGUUUGGCUACCGAGGCUUCGACUGUCGCAACAACCUGCAUUACCUCAACGAGGGCGCUGACAUGGUCUUCCACACGGCGGCCGUCGUGGUGAUCCAGAACCUUUCUUCCGGAAGGCAAAGUUUUUACCUGGAGCACACGGACGACAUCCUGUGCCUGACCGUCAACCAGCACCCCAAGUACCACAACGUCAUCGCCACGGGACAGAUGGGUGACAUCACGGACCUGCCAGCAGGCCUGGCCCCCUGCAUCCACGUGUGGGACGCCACCAGCAAGCAGACCCUGUCCGUCCUGCGCUGCUCCCACGCUAAAGGUGUGGGCUACGUCAACUUUAGCGCCACCGGCAAACUUCUGCUGUCUGUGGGGGUGGAGCCUGAGCAUGUGAUCACCGUAUGGCGCUGGCAGGAAGGCACCAGGAUCACCAGCACAGGCGGCCACCCCGAGCGCAUCUUUGUGGUGGAGUUCAGACCGGACUCGGACACACACUUUGUGUCGGUGGGAAUCAAACACAUCAAGUUCUGGACUCUGGUGGGAGGCUCCCUUCUGUACAAGAAAGGUGUGGUGGGCUCGGUGGAGGACGGACGCACGCAGACCAUGUUGUCCGUGGCCUUUGGCGCUAACCACCUGACCUUUAGUGGCGCCAUCAAUGGGGACGUGUACGUGUGGCGAGAACACUUCCUGGUCCGGGUGGUGGCCAAGGCGCACGGUGGUCCGGUGUUCAGCAUGUACACCACGCUGCGGGACGGACUCAUCGUCACCGGUGGAAAGGAACGUCCGACCAAGGAAGGCGGUGCGGUCAAACUGUGGGACCAGGAGAUGAAGCGAUGUCGAGCCUUCCAGUUGGAGAGUGGCCAGCCCGUGGAGAACGUGCGGUCUGUCUGCAGGGCCAAGGGUAAAAUCUUGGUGGGAACCAAAGACGGAGAGAUCCUGGAGGUGGGAGAGAAGAACGCCGCCUCCAACACCAUGAUCAACGGACACACGCAAGGAAGCAUCUGGGGUCUGUCUGCUCACCCUUUCAAAGACGUCUUCAUCUCCGCCAGCGAUGACGGGACCGUCCGCAUCUGGGACCUGGCCGACAAGAAACUGCUGAACAAGGUAACGCUGGGACAUCCUGCCAAGUGCGUGGCCUACAGUCCCAACGGGGACAUGGUGUCCAUCGGCAUGGACAACGGAGAGUUCAUCAUCCUGUCGGUCAACUCGCUCAGCGUGUGGAGCAAGAAGAGAGACCGCAGUGUGGCCAUCCAGGAUGUUCGUUUCAGUCCAGAUAGCCACCUUCUUGCAGUGGGUUCUCUCGAAGGCGCUGUGGACUUCUAUGACCUGUCUCUGGGACCGUCUCUCAACCGCAUCGGUUCCUGCAAGGACAUCCCGGGCUCGGUCCUCCAGAUGGACUUCUCUGCCGACAGCAAACACAUUCAGGUGUCCAGCAGCACCUACACUCGACAGGUCCACCAGGUUCCUUCAGGGAAGAUCGUGGCUGAGCCCUCCACCAUUGACAGGAUCACUUGGGCCACCUGGACCAGCAUCAUGGCCGAGGAGGUUCUGGGAGUUUGGCCUCGGAACGCCGACAAGGCGGAUGUCAACUGUGCCUGCGUGUCGCACGCCGGCCUCAACCUGGUGACCGGAGACGACUUUGGCCUCAUCAAGCUCUUCGACUUCCCGUGCUCCGACAAAUUUGCCAAACACAAGCGCUACUUUGCUCACUCGGCUCACGUCACCAACCUCAGGUUCUCCUGCGACGACAAGUUUGUCAUCAGCGCCGGCGGGAGUGACUGCAGUCUGCUGGUGUGGAAAUGUCUAUGAAGUCUUUCACCUUAGCUUGCUUCCUGUCUUUCACCUUAGCUUGCUUCCUGUCUUUCACCUUAGCUUCCUUUCUGUCUUUUACCUUAGCUUACUUCCUGUCUUUCACCUUGGCUUGCUUCCUGUCUUUCACCUUUGCUUACUUCCUGUCUUUCACCUUAGCUUUCUUUCUGUCUUUUACCUUAGCUUACUUCCUGAUUUUUACCUUAGCUUACUACCUGUCUUUCACCUUGCUUCCUUUCUGUCUUUCACCUUAGCUUACUUCCUGUCUUUCACCUUAGCUUACUUCCUGUCUUUCACCUUUGCUUACUUCCUGUCUUUCACCUUAGCUUCCUUUCUGUCUUUUACCUUAGCUUACUUCCUGUCUUUCACCUUGCUUCCUUUCUGUCUUUCACCUUAGCUUACUUCCUGUCUUUCACCUUAGCUUACUUCCUGUCUUUCACCUUUGCUUACUUCCUGUCUUUCACCUUAGCUUCCUUUCUGUCUUUUACCUUAGCUUACUUCCUGAUUUUUACCUUAGCUUACUUCCUGUCUUUCACCUUGCUUCCUUUCUGUCUUUCACCUUAGCUUACUUCCUGUCUUUCACCUUAGCUUACUUCCUGUCUUUCACCUUUGCUUACUUCCUGUCUUUCACCUUAGCUUCCUUUCUGUCUUUUACCUUAGCUUACUUCCUGAUUUUUACCUUAGCUUACUUCCUGUCUUUCACCUUGCUUCCUUUCUGUCUUUCACCUUAGCUUACUUCCUGUCUUUCACCUUUGCUUACUUCCUGUCUUUCACCUUAGCUUCCUUUCUGUCUUUUACCUUAGCUUACUUCCUGUCUUUCACCUUAGCUUACUUCCUGAUUUUUACCUUAACUUACUUCCUGUCUUUCACCUUGCUUCCUUUCUGUCUUUCACCUUAGCUUGCUUCCUGUCUGUUAUGUUAACUUGCUUCCUGUCUUUUACCUUAGCUUGCUUCCUGUCUUUCACCUUAGCUUCCUUUCUGUCUUUUACCUUAGCUUACUUCCUGAUUUUUACCUUAGCUUACUUCCUGUCUUUCACCUUGCUUCCUUUCUGUCUUUCACCUUAGCUUACUUCCUGUCUUUCACCUUAGCUUACUUCCUGUCUUUCACCUUUGCUUACUUCCUGUCUUUCACCUUAGCGUCCUUUCUGUCUUUUACCUUAGCUUACUUCCUGAUUUUUACCUUUGCUUACUUCCUGUCUUUCACCUUUGCUUACUUCCUGUCUUUCACCUUAGCUUCCUUUCUGUCUUUUAUGUUAACUUGGUUCCUGUCUUUUACCUUAGCUUGCUUCCUGUCUUUCACCUUAGCUUACUUCCUGUCUUUUAUGUUAACUUGCUUCCUGUCUUUUACCUUAGCUUGCUUCCUGUCUUUUACCUUAGCUUGCUUCCUGUCUUUCACCUUAGCUUACUUCCUGUCUUUCACCUUUGCUUACUUCCUGUCUUUCACCUUAGCUUCCUUUCUGUCUUGUACCUUAGCUUACUUCCUGUCUUUCACCUUGCUUCCUUUCUGUCUUUCACCUUAGCUUGCUUCCUGUCUUUUAUGUUAACUUGCUUCCUGUCUUUUACCUUAGCUUGCUUCCUGUCUUUCACCUUAGCUUACUUCCUGUCUUUAACCUUUGCUUACUUCCUGUCUUUCACCUUAGCUUCCUUUCUGUCUUUUACCUUAGCUUACUUCCUGAUUUUUAACUUAGCUUACUUCCUGUCUUUCACCUUGCUUCCUUUCUGUCUUUCACCUUAGCUUGCUUCCUGUCUUUUAUGUUAACUUGCUUCCUGUUUUUCACCUUAGCUUGCUUCCUGCCUCGUCCCUCUGAGGUUACGCUUAUAUCAGCACAACAUGUACAUCUACAGAUGUGAUGAAAUGUAGAUGUGACAACAUCUGUAUAAAGUCUUUCACGUUAGCAUGUUUCUGGGCUGCGACCAAACCUGCCCGUUGCUCCUAGGCAGGACUUUGUUGUUUACCCAAACUCAUCCACACCAAGGACUUCUACCUCAAAGUCAUAUUGAAGGGACAUAAUUCAUGGUAGAAAUACUUUUGGAUGGUUACCAUAGCAACAGUCUUUUUGGAAAAAAUACUAUUAUUGUACGAGAGUGGCUAGAAUAGAUAGCAUGUGUAUUUUGUCUCCUGCUUGCAUGUUUGCUAAUGACCUUUUCUUCCAGUGUUGGUUAUUGUCAUAUUUUUAUUUACACCUGACCAGCCUAGUCCAGCACUAGCAGCAAGCUAAGUCCUCAGAUAGUACUGCAGUCUAAGUGGACAACAAGUCCUCAGAUAGUACUGCAGUCUAAGUGGACUACAAGUCCUCAGAUAGUACUGCAGUCUAAGUGGACUACAAGUCCUCGGAUAGUACUGCAGUCCAAGCAUACUACAAGUCCUCAGAUAGUACUGCAGUCUAAGCGGACUACAAGUCCUCAGAUAGUACUGUAUUGUAUUUGUUAUCACUGUGUUUCAACAACGUUUACACAAAUAAGAACAAAGGUACCUUUUACAACAUUGUGAGAAAUAUACAUUGUGUGUGUUGUACAGUCAAACCCCGCUUCCAUAUGAGUUGGGAAAUUGUGUUAGAUGUAAAUAUAAACAGAAUACAAUGAUUUGCAAAUCCUUU